AUCAAUCAAAGGAGUGAGCGGCUAAGAUAUUUUGAAAAAAAUUGAAAUUAUUAAUAUUUGUGAUAUUGUGAUGAUUUGCUAUUCGGGAUAGGCUUAUUAUCCAAUGUCUCACAAAGUUUCAUCACCGUCGAGAAAUUUUCUUGCGUUCUCAGCGAAAUUUCAUGACAAUUCUGUAGCGAAGUGUUAAGCUAGGACAAGUGCAUUUUUUUAUAGCCCAGUUUUUUGCCAAUAUCUCGGAAUCGAAGGAAGGCAGCGAUUUUUCCAUAGAUACCUUUUCCGUAGCCCUCAUGAUUUUCUAUGAAAAAUGUUUCUAUAAAAAAUUCGUUAUGUCCCUUCAAUUCCGAGAUAUUUCUUAUCCUAGCUUAUCAGUUCGUUACAGAAUUGACAAAAUUUUAUCAAAAAUUUACAGAAAUAGACACACGAGUAGAUAAAUUAGUGAAUUGUUGAAUACUGAUAAAACCUAAAAAAGCGGUAUUUCUUCACGUCAAUCUGACGCAGAGCUACCCAACAAUUCACAGGAGAAAUGAAAAAUGAAAAGAUAUCGAGAAUAACUCCCGAAUCUAAACUUUAGAUUCUAAAGGACAACAAACCAAAAUUCAAAACGUUGGACGAUUCCCGCGAAAUAAUUCGGCAAUAUCCGUCGGCUUCCGGCUCGACUUGGUGAAGCUCCAGGUGUCGCUGUUAGUCGUGAGAAGCGCGACUGUAGCACUUUGACAUGACGAAAAACGGCCAAUGUCGUAAGUGUGUGCUCUAUGAAAUUGUAGGAAAGCUGUCUCUCGCCAGAAGCUACCCAAAGGAACAAGCGUCAAAAGUAGGGGUAAAUUGUGCGCCAUUUUCUAUUUUUGCGUAGCAGUAACCCUAGGUGUUGUGUGUGUACAAUUCAAUGUGAUAAAGAAUUUCAAACAAAAAAUAAAGGGACGAUAAAAAGGGAGCGUGAAUCAAUUACUAGUUAACAAAUAAUUAAUUUUUUUGUGAGCAAUAGAAAACGAAGAAGAGGAAUAGAAAAAUCAAGGUGGUGUUUAAUAUUCAAAGAAGAUAUAAAUCGAAAGAGAAAUCAUAUUAAAAAUGAUAAUGGACAACGCGUGCAACGAAAUGAUCGACGUAGCUCACGGACCCGUCUACAGUCCGCGUUGCCGCGCGUGAAUAAAACCGAGUUUUCAUUUUUUUUUUCUCCGCCCUCUCCUCUCUCUCUCAUCAUUAUUUAUCCUAACCACAUAAACACCAACACUUGUAUGUAAAAUUUAGCUAUUUCAAUCAUUAAACCUUUCGGACAUCUCGUCUUCAUCGUUAAUUAAUCAACGAGUGGUGUGUGAGCUCCAGUGUGAUCAGUGCUCUUGUGGACAUAAAAAGAAAUCCCCAACAGAAAGAUAUAUCGCCUUUUUGUUGCACAUUGGGGUGUGAUUUCCACCGUUUUAUCAACUAACCAAUAAGAGAAAAAUACUGGAAUAGAGAGACCGGAAAGUGCCAAAGAAGUGGAUUUAAAUAAUUCGGAUAAAAAAGAUAUUUGGAAAAGUGUUUAAGGUGGACAGUGCACAGGCAGCUGAAGAGCCAAAAAGAAAAGUUUGUGAUUUUUAUCUUCAGCUUCGUGUUCCACGAAAGAACCGAACAUUCGACGUUUAUAUUUCUGAUUUUUUUCCAUUUCCUUUUUCGUUCUGUAGGUUUUUUUUUUCCUUUCCGUUUUUCCCUGGUAUCGCGUCCGACAUUUAUAGUGAAAAACUGAAAUUACGUGAAAAUUCUUCAAUCUGUGAUAUUAAAUGGUAACAAAAUGUAUAGGUAGAUUUUAGAAGAAAAAAAAAAAAGAAGUCGACAAAACAUUAUAUUACGUGUGCACGGUUGUGGCCUACAAGAGGGCACCAGAGGGGACAUUUUGGCAAACAAUUUUACGAUAUUUUUCAUCAGUUGUAACGGAUUAUUUCGUGUUGAGAGCUUUCUUUGUUGGAGUAAAUUGGAGGUUUGUUUGAUGGGAAUAGUGAAUCGGGGGUGAGAGAGAGUGUGAGGAAAGAGGAUUUUCAAAGUAAUUACGAGAGUGAGAGAGAGGGAAAGUACGAGAGUGCGCGUAAAUUAUCCUGAGGAAGUGAACGGGAUAAGAGGAUGUCUCUGGAAUCUGUGUCGAGUGACAGACCUGAGGAGCCCGAUCCAAAACCCGAGGGGGAUGAAGCUAUUAUAUCGAUGUCGGUCGCCGGAGAGGUGACCGAUAGUUCUAUCAUGGAAAUAGGGAGAUCCAGGCCUCAGUUUCAAUACACUCGGGAGGAACUAAUGGAGAUUAAACUACUUCCACUCGCCAAACGUCGUCCUGAGUGCUUGGACAUGGUCUACAACAAGUGUUUGAUAUCCAGCUCACGUGGUACAUGGGACCCAGAGCGCUGGCACAUGGAUAGAAAAAGGAGUGAGACGCCUCCCGAGGAAGAUCAACGACGAAACGAGAUACCAGUCGAGCAGAAUAAGCGUCGUAGUGGAGAUCCACGUGAACGUCUUCGCAAGGAGCAGGAUGGUAUCGUUCUAUCUCCUCAACGACGUUCCUUCAACUCAGGUUGCUUUGUCAACACCACUCAACCACCGCCUCGCCGUCCAGAGAGUCCAAUCCACAAACCAGAAGUACCCCACCGUGAACAGGUCCGAAGAAUUGGUUCGGGUCGUCUCCUAACUCGUGACAUGUGGGACUUUCGCCCUGAGGCUGAGAAACUUGAGCCGGAGAGAACUGACAUUGCCUUCAGGAUUACUGGAAAUGGUUCCCGCGAAGGUACUGGAUGGGGUGAAUCAAUGCGAGAUCGCGACAACAGGGACAGAGAUAUGAGAGAUGACAGGAAUGAUAGGUAUGAGCGUAGAUCAUUUGGUAGAGACUUUGGUGAUCGUGAUAAUCGAGACAGGAAUGAUCGUCAUCCAAUGGAUCGUGAUAAAGACAGGAGGGAGAGAAAGUUUGGGACUGAUCGUAGAAGAACGUACUCGAGUGAACCGAGGGAGCUCGAGGAGCCUGAGUGGUUCUCUGGUGGUCCAAUCUCUCAGCACGACACUAUUGAGCUUCGUGGCUUCGAUGAUAUCCCAGAGGAGAAGAUUACGAAAAACAAAAAAGCCUCGCCAGCUCAGAAAAAACGUGGGAAAAAAGGAAAUGAGAAGGAUGAGAAAAGUGAAAAUACGAAUUCGGCAGGACCGAAGGGAAGAAGCACUCCAACUGCUAUGGAUCAAUCGAUCAAUCCAAUUCAUGCACCUCAUUCUCCGAUUUCUGAGCAAGAGGAAUUGUCUGUCAAUGGCCAGAAAUUAAGUGAGGCUAAUGAGACUGGUAAUACCGAUCCGAGUGAUGUUAAUGAUCAGUCUGCGGGAAAGAGUAGAGAUGGUGAACAUCUGGACUUUAAUCUUGAUGAUUUCUUGAAGAGUGACAGUCUUCCUGGGGUCUCUAGUCUACUUACUAAUGGCGUGGGAGCUGAUACUGGCAGUGGAUCCAGGUUUAGCCAGUGGUUCAAGAGAGAGAGCCCUGUUCAGGACAGUCGUAGGGAGUCUAUUCAAGAUGAGUUGCUCAAUAAUUUGCUGAAUGAUAUCACUGAGCCGAAUAUUCAGGUGCCAUCGGUUAAUGAAUCUAAUGCCUACUUCGCACCAAUUUCACCUGCUAAUCAAACAGGAGGCAAUGCUGGUACUGGCACUAAGCUGCUGGAGAUGCUACAAAGGGGAAAUAAACUCAGCCAAAAUGGACAAGGAGAUGGUGGACAUAUGCUGGGAAUCAUGAAGAAUACUACGUCCAUUAAAGAAAUGGAAGUUAGUGGAAAAGUAAUGCACAGUCUUGAAGAGCUGGAGGCUCGUAUGCGUGGAGGAAUACCUCCCUCACCGCAGAUUGAACCACCACGUGUAAGCAAGACUGAUGAGGACAUGUCGGCAUUCAAGAAACUGCUGGCUCAAGUGAGUGGUGGCCAAGCAGUGCCAGCAGCAAAUGGGCCUAUUGCUCCAAAGCAAAAUACUCAGCCCAUAACUCUCAUGCAACUAUUGAAAAAUCAACCGGCGAUGGGCGGUCCACCACCCCAUCAACCGCCAAUGCCAGAGCAACAGCAUCCUCCAUCGUUUAAUCAUGUGGGACCACUGGGACCAGCUCAGCAUCCGCAUCAGGCACAGAUGCAGCAUGAAAAUUUGAUGAAGGUAUUGAGAAUACAACAGCAACAACAAGCACAACAACAAAAACGCCAGCAACAGACGGAUAUGCUCUCGAUGAUGAUGAGUGGACAGAGAAUGAUCGGGGCUAGUCCGGUGCCACAGGACAUGCAAAUGUUGGUCAACAAUGCACCAUCGAGUCGUGAACUUCUCCAAAGACCAGAGGCCCAAGCUAUUAUUCAAGGACUUCAGCAAGGAGAAAUCACCAGACAACACUUAAUGCAGCAGCUACAGAAUCCAGCAAUGCAACAUCGUCAUCGUGAAGUUCUAGUAAACAUUUUGAAAAUGUAUGGAAACACGACUCCACGAACUGCCAGCCCGCAUCAAGUUCCAAAUGUUUCUCAUGAUUCAAUGCUACAACAACUCCUAUUUCAACAGCAGCAACGAGUUCCAUCCCCCAUGAACAACAUGAUGCCACACCGAGUGCCCUCACCCCGUGACAUCGUUAUGCACACCCAGUCAAUAAUCCAGAGUGCCCUGAUUAAGACAAAAUUGGAAGAGCAACGCGAGAAUUAUCGUAAACGUCAGGAGCAACAGCAGGCGCAACAAAUGCAGUCACAUCAGCGUUUAACGAGUCCAGUGAAUUCACCAUCUAAACAGAUGAUGAGUCCAACACCUCUGGCAUUCACACCCACCUCAGUACUUCGCAAAAUGACAGCUGAGAAGGAACCUGAGGGAAGCGCGGACGUAUCAAAAUUGGCUGGACAGAGUCAGGCAAGUCAAAUGCAGCAGAUGCAGUCUGCAGUGCAGUUGUUAGCACAGGGUUUAUCAAGACAGCAACAAGGUACAGUUAGACCACAACCGAAUCAGCAGCCUGCAUGGUCGAAUCAACCGGUCAAACAGCAUCACCCUGCAGGACGACCAAUAGUAAAGGGAGUUGCAGCGACUCAAUUCCCAUACGGUGGACCACCGACUUUCCAAUCAGGACCCCCUCAGUCUCAGCUACAACAACAACAACAGCAACAGCCACAGUCACAACCUGUACCAGUCCAACAACAGAAUCAACCGCAGCGGCCAUCAACGGGUAUUUACGGUAACCCGGCACGCUCGAAACACACGAUGCCGACAUCCCUUCCACCUCCAAAUGUUCCUCAAUACAAUGUAUCGCCAAAUUCUGUAAUUAGCCAAAGAACUAAUAUAAUGAGCAAUCAGGGCAAGCAGCAACUGGUGCAGACACAUUUCGCUAAUAUAUUACAGCAUCAACAGCAGCGUAAUAUCAAUUCACAAGUACAACUCGUCUUAAACCAAAACUACAAUUCUAAUCGAACAGACGGUCGAAUAAUGCGACAACAGCAGCAGCCAAUGAACAUCCCCAUGGGUAGACAAUCUUCACCAGGGAGUAACGGUGGAAGUCUAUCACCAACAUCAAAUCAAUUAGCCAGAUGGUUCAGUCCAGAGUUGCUCGCUAAAGCAAGGGCUGGAAAAUUACCGGAGCUUGGUCAGACCAAUGUUUUAUCGUUGGAGGAACUUGAGCGAUUGCAGCAGGCGUCCGCUGCAGUGCACGAUUAAAUACUUUUUAAUUUCUUUCAAUUCGAUGGAAUGAAGAAGCUCAAACGACAGUGAAAACGAUUAUUUUGAUCUUUAUUUCAAUGAAAAUAGAAAAAAAAAACAAAAUAAAAGGGAAAAUGAUCGUAUGAUAAUCAGCUCUUCGAUCGAUAAAGCAUGGAAAGAUCAUUACCGAAAAAAUGAUAAAUUACGGAAAUAUCCCGUUUUAUACUGCAUCCACGUACACGUGAGUGUUCCACAAUGAAAUUAUUGUUUUAGACUGUAUUUAUCGAAAAGACUGGCAAAACUAUUUCGUCCUGGUUGCAAAGACAGAAUAUAAACAGGGAUGUUUAAAGACGACAACAUUGAACAACCCGGAAGAUCACGGAUUUAAUGGAAAAUUAAUUAGCAAUUGAGAAAUAUGCAAAAAGAAAUGGCCAAUUCCGCUCAGCGCCAUAGAAAUCAAAUCGAAGGGGCAAAAGUGUUUAGAAAGAAUAAGUUUGAAGAACAAGAAGAAUAAAAAAAACGAUCUCCAAGUCACACGCAUAUGAAUAUUUACGAUAAAUAAUAUAUAACGUUUUAGAAGUACAGAACGAGGAUUACAGUGUUACCACAGUUUACGGGAGAGAAAAAAUGAAACGGCAUAAUGAACUUAAAGGGCGACAUCAAGGAGAGAUAAAAAAAAACUAUGAGCGACGCAUUGGAUGAAAUUAUUUUUAAAACUUAGGGUUGUGAAGAUUAAUGAGAAUAAUUAAACAUUUAAAUAAGAAAAUGGAUUUGUUAAAUGGAAACGAGAACCACAUUCCACAGUUGGAAAUGAGAAUAGAUGUUAUUCAUUUUUCAUGCAGAGUAUUUCAUCAUUUUAGGAAAUUGUCUCAAACAAUUUUAAUUUUUUUCACUCUCUAAUUACUCCCUAAAAUCUCAAUGACCAUUACAAUUCAUUGUUAUUUGCAUCAAUUAAUUUUUAUGUGAAUAAUGAUAUUCUUCAGUUGCGGUGGAAGUCUCCGCCGAAUUCAUUACAACAAAUCAUCACAAUUAUUAAUUUGCUCCACUCUUGUAAAAUUAAUUUUAUAAUUUUUUUCUUCUUGGGAGAUGGAUUGGGGAGAUUCAUAUAUUUAUUUUAUGUUAAUGAUUUAUCUCCAAAGUCCAUGAAACGUUUAAAAAUGUCCGUAAUGAUGAAGGAUCUGGACAUACCCUGAGUGAUCGAAUGUUUGAUCUCCUUCUUCCAUUUCUUUGUAGUGAAUUCAUUAUUUGUUCAUUGAAAAAAAUGAAACAUGGUUAAAAAAAUAUUUCAAUGUGAAAAGCCGUCAAUGACUUCUCUCGUUAAUAGUGUUGUUGACAUAAUAAUGAUCACUAAUGGAUGGAAAAAUGAUAUUAUGAAGGGAACAUUCUCCCCUAAACAACGAGAAAAAUGGAAAUAAAAAACGUCUUAGAUUGAAGAGUGAAUUUCCUCGUUUCUUUUUCGAUUUAAAUCAAACUGGAGGGAUUAGGGAUCUAAACAACAAUAAAAAUUUUCAAUAAACUCAAUAAUCAUGCCAGUUCUUCAGAUUCACUGUUAAGCACUCAGAACAAGCAUUAAAGCAUUUUAUGAACCAUUAUCGUUUCAGAGACAAAAACAAAUAUUAAACUCUGUUCUUUUUCUUUCGAUUAUUUCUUAAUUUUUAAGCCUGUGAAUUGUUAUUCAAUAGGGCCC